AUGCCGAUUAUAACUCCUAAUUUAGCAAGACUAUUCUUCUUACCAAGUUAUGGUUAUACACAGUUUUUAACUUAUCUCGGUAUUCGAAAUGGAUACGAUCGAAUUGACAAUACUGUGCUUGUUGGUAUAUUGCCGACGAUUGCUAUGCAAAAGUAUCUGAUUGAACAUGAGAAAGUCAAUGCGGUUAUAUCAAUGAACGAAGAUUAUGAACUAACGUAUGUUUCCGAUCAAAGCCUCUGGACUAAACAUGAAAUUCAGCAUCUACGUCUACCAACUGUUGAUUUCAACAAUCCCAAAGCUGAAAAUCUCUUUCACGGCGUAGAAUUUCUUCGAACUGUACGUCAAGAGAACAAAACUGCUUACAUACAUUGCAAAGCAGGUCGUCAACGAAGUGCGAACCUAGCGGCAUGUUAUCUUAUCGACACAUAUGGUAUGACACCUGAAGAAGCUGCUCGCCGUAUGCGAUCCAUUCGGCCAAGUACCAUAUUUGGUACACGCGAAAUGAAUCGUCUGCAUGAUUUUAUGAGUGUUCUCUCACCCAAAAAGAAGAAUGUGUAUUUGGACAAAGUGAAUGAAAAUCUAUCAACGUUUUUCCGAACAAUUGAAAAGUAUCAGCAAAAUUUAAAUGAAUUAAGUCAGCUUGCCAAUGGAGCAACGGUGCAUAUCAAUGAUAUCGAGAGAAUUCUUGGUAAUAACGACGACGACGAUGAUGGUGAUGAUGAUGGUGGAAAUGGAAGUGUCGAACGACAAGAACAAAUCUUAUCCGAUCAAGAAAAAGAACUUCUUACAGGCGGAAAAUUGUGCGAACUGAAUCAGAAUUUAAACAUCUCAAUGCGUGAAAUUCGACAAUCUUGGAAUACUCUUGAAAAACAGGGUGCCGCGAUAUUGAAGUCAGCCAGUCAAUUACCCAAACUUAUUCAACUAUUUUUGGACACAACGAAAACUGAUGCAGAUUUCAAUGAUCACCAUUUUCGAUCGGAACUCGUUGAUCUUACUGAACAAUUUCCAAUCAUUGGUCGAUUCUAUUACGAUUUGUGUUUAGAAAUUCAGGUGUUGUUACUUGACCUAUCAAGUUUGAAAUCUGUGAAACAUCUCGCUACUACCCUAGAGUUUCUUUCUUCACGAUCCGAUUCUAUAUCAGUACCUCUUCAGAUCAUUCGUCAAAUACAAAUGAAACUAACAUGA